UAAAUUCACAAAUGCUUGCUGCCACCACUCCUGUCGAUGCAUGGAACAAGUGCCUUAACACUACUCUCGAGACUGAAGACAAGGAGAUUUACGAUCUUGUUCAACAGGAAAAAUGGCGCCAGUUUUCCUGCCUUGAGCUGAUUGCAUCCGAGAACUUUACAUCCCAAGCUGUGAUGGAGGCCAAUGGCUCUGCCUUGACCAACAAGUACUCUGAAGGUCUUCCAGGUGCCCGCUACUAUGGUGGUAAUGAAUUUGUUGAUCAGAUUGAAAAUAUCUGCCGUGAUCGUGCUCUUUCUGCAUUCAGCUUGGAUCCCAAAAAGUGGGGUGUCAAUGUCCAGCCAUACUCUGGGUCCACUGCCAACUUUUCUGCCUUGACUGCUAUGCUUUCUCCCCAUGACCGCAUUAUGGGACUAGAUCUGCCCUCUGGUGGUCAUCUUACUCACGGCUAUGCUACUGCCAAAAAGAAGGUAUCUUCCUCUGCCAUCUACUUCGAGUCGCUUCCCUACCAGGUUGACAGCGAAACUGGCUACAUUGACUAUGUCAAGCUUGAAAAGAAUGCUGCUCUUUUCCGUCCUCGUUUGAUCAUCUGCGGUGCCAGUGCAUACCCUCAAGAGUUUGACUACAGUACUCUUCGCAAGAUUGCCGAUCAGCAUGGUGCUUAUUUGAUGUGCGAUAUUGCUCACAUCUCUGGUCUUGUUGCCGCCAAGGAGGCUGCCAAUCCCUUUGACUAUUGUGAUAUUGUCACCACUACCACUCAUAAAACUCUUCGCGGUCCUCGUGCCGGUUUGAUCUUCUUCCAACGUGCUCCCAAGGGCGAGAAGAACUCUGAUCUCGAAGAAAAGGUCAACUUUGCUGUUUUCCCUUCCAACCAAGGUGGUCCACAUAACAACACUAUUGCUGGUAUUGCUGUCACCCUCAAGCAGGCAGGAUCAGCCGAGUUUAAACUGUACGCUCAGCAGGUGCGUGCCAAUGCUGUUGCCGUUGCCAACGCUCUUAAGGGAUAUGGCUACAAGCUUGCUACUAAUGGCACAGUCAACCACCUUGUCCUUUGGGAUCUGCGCACUGUGGGUCUCACUGGAUCCAAGAUGGAAAAGAUCUGCGAUCUUGUCAAUAUUACUCUCAACAAGAACGCUGUUCACGGUGAUGUGUCUGCUCUUACACCUGGAGGUGUUCGUAUUGGCACAUCUGCCCUCACAUCUCGCUCUUUGAAGGAGGCAGACUUUGUCACUAUUGCGGCAUUCAUGCAUCGUGCUGUUCAGAUUUCUCUCCGUGUUCAGCUUACCAGUGGAAAGUUCAUCAAGGACUUUGUUGCUGCACUUUCUGCCGAUGAGGAAGUCAAGGCACUCAAGGCCGAUGUUGAGAAAUUUGCCCAUACUUUCCCCAUGCCUGGCUUUGAUCCUAACUCCGUUCCUGAACACUGCCGUCAUUGAUACAUGAUAGAAUCAACCCAUUAUUGGUUUUACUAAUAUAUUAUUUGUUGCUAAAUGGUUGAUUUUAAAAAAAUAAAAUGCGACUUUUACAC